AUGUUAUCCUUCAACAAACAAAUCAUGGAAAAUGACCCUAACUGUGAAUGGGUGUCAUUCAACUCUAUAGGAAUUGUUCAGCGCAAUCUAAAACAUUCACUUUCCCACAUUAUUUCGGAAGAUCUGCUCCAAAGGGAACUUCAAAAAGGAUCUGAAGCUCUGGAUGUUGAAGUUCAGCAUGCAUCAGAAGAAAUUUUGAAAUUCAAGCAGCUCAUUGUUUCAGAUUCCGAUUUACGAAAUAAUAUGAACGAUACCCAAUUGUUUUCUCUUUGUUCUGAUAAAACCAUUGGACUCCCGGAUGAACUAAUUGCUUAUCAAUUGGAGUUAACAAAAAAAGUAUCCACUUUGAAACAACAAAUUAAAACCUACUUAGACAGACACAAGCCGUCUUUACUGCAGUUUAACAAUAUACUGGAUAGUUUAAAUGAUCAUAAACCGUUUACUCUAAAUGGUUCCAAGAUGAGAUUUCUACAGUCAGGAAACAUAUUGUCAUCAUAUUUAAAUGACGAUACCAAGGAAGAACCAAAACAAAUAGAUGGAAAAUUAAAUUUUCAUUCAUUUCUGCGUCAUUCAAUGAUGCUUUUACAAAUGGCUUUCAAAUCUUACAAUCCUUGUUUUACAAAUGAUAAAUUUCAAGAAUUAUCUUCUUCACAGUAUAGUUCAUCAGAUUGUCUUACUGUAUUUAAACAAGCUAUUGGUCAGUUUUACUCUCAAACAUCUAUCGAUUCUAGUUUUUCAACACAUUCGGAGAAGGAACUUUGUCAGUUAAUGAAAGAAAUGCGUAGUACUAUUGAUAAAUUACAAUUGGAACUAAAAGAUGAGUGGCUUCGGGAAUCACAACUGAACAUAAAAUUUCCAGAACUUUCAGCGACCUAUUCGACCAUAUCUCAACCUUGCAUUUCUUGCGAAACUGGUGAUGAGUAUGAUGUAAAUAACAAGUCUAAUAACACUUUUGAUAUAUCAGCGGAGAGUACCCUGAAUAAGACAGAUGAAGCGUUACCUAUACAUGAAUCUUCUCACCAGUUGUUUAAAAAGUCACCAGCAAGGAGUAAUUUACAGUUCAACUUUCCUGAUGAAUCCACCUACAAGCAUUCAACAUCAUCACUUAAAUGUAGUCCAGUUAACGAUCCUAGAAUGAACUUCCUGGGUCUAAAGAAAGGAAACUAUUUGAAAGUUGAUCAUACAACUUCUAAUUCGUUAUCUCCACCCCGCACGCGAGAAAUUGAAAAUACUUUGCAAAAUCUAAGUAUAAACUCACCAGAAAAUGUUCUUACCGAUGAAAUGUGUACGGAAAUUAUGUCCAGUACAACUGAUAUGUUAAAAAUGAAGGGACUUGAUUAUUGUGAAGAUAUUUUGAAAACCCAGUUUCCUGUCACAUCAUUAGUUCCGCAUAAACCACCUUCAAUAAAAUAUUCUUUAAAAGAUCUAUCUAAUAUACCAGUAUCUAUACCACCUACUUUUCAGUCAUUCUCUUCUACUAUGGAAUUAAAAGAAUCUCAUUUGUGUAAUCCGACAAAUAGCAGCUUCAAUCUAAUUGAUGAUGAUCUGGAAUUUGUCAAUGAUCUGCUUCCAUCGUCUCCAAACUGA